CCUCUCAUCUCUCCCGCCACCAUCAGCCAUGAAGCCGACUCGAUUCGUCCUCUCUGCUAUCUUCCUUGUCUUCUCCGCCCUCGCACUUCCGGCAUCUGCGGACGAGCCGGUCCGUGACACGGAUGGCAACGUGCUACAGCGCGGCGUGGAUUACUACAUCCGGCCCGCCGUCACUGACAUCGGCGGCGGACUAACCCUAGCCGGCCGGAACGGCUCCUGCCCUCGAAGUGUGGCCUUGGCGAGCUUGCCCGCCGACAACGGCCUGCCGCUGCAGUUCUCGCCCGAAGACGACGGCGACGACACCGUGGAGUUAUCGACGGACACGAACGUCAUCUUCUCGGCGUUCACCACAUGCGUGCAAUCGACGGUGUGGAAGCUGGAGCUUGACGAGGGGGAGGGGCGGUACUACGUGGUGAUCGGAGGAGUUGCCGGGAACCCGGGAAAAGAGACGCUGAGCAACUGGUUCAAGAUAGAGAGCUACCAAGGAGUCUAUAAGCUGGUGUUUUGCCCGACGGUGUGUGAUUAUUGCAGACCUGUGUGUGGAUCUCUGGGUGUCUACGAACAAGGUGGAAGACAGUGGCUCGGUAUCAGGGAUGACACGCCAUUCCCGUUCGAGUUCAAGAGGGCAUGAGCUUCGGUACGUGAAUACAUCUACUAUCAUACAUCUAUAUAUCAAUAAAGGAUGCAUUGUCUUCGGUUA